UGUAUAUAUGCAUAUAUAGGGAAUAUUAGAGAAUGGUUAUGGAUUUAAAGAAACUGUUUUUAAUCUGAAGUGGAGGACGUGAAGACCAGUAAAGGGAAAAUGGCAGAGUCCAGAGUUCAUACUCAGUUUAAACUCACCUCAGAAGACCAUGUAAGGGCUGAUGUUGGUGAAGAUGUCACACUCCCCUGUCACCUCUCACCUGAGGCCAGUGAUGUUGCCAUGACGAUCAGGUGGUUUAAAGAGACAGAGUGUAUUUACCUGUAUAAGAAUGGCCAGGUGACAGAGAGGAGUGGCUAUGAGGGCAGAGUGAGUCUGAUCACCCAGGAGCUGGAGAGAGGCAACGUGUCUCUGAGGCUGAAAGACAUCAGGGAGUCAGAUGAUGGAGUCUACAUAUGUCAGGUCAUCCAUGGAGAACAGAAGGAGGAGGAUGCAGUGUGUUUAAGGGUCAGAAGAGACGGUGAGUAAUUACUUAUGUCUUUUUUGUUUAUUGACAACCUAUAACACAAGACAAAGAAAAGACCAGAGUGUUAAUCUGAUACUAUGAAUAAGUACAGGCCUUGUGAACAGCAGUGUGUCUUCUUCAAGGCUACAAAUUAAAUCAGUUUCUUUACAUUUAUCAAUACUCUCCCCAAAUGUUCUCAAAGUAGGUUGGAUUAUGAUAUAUAGAUGUUCUUCAAAUUAUCCUGAAUUUACAUACCAUAGCCCUCCCACAAAAUAUCUUCCAUAGAGCUCAACAUUUUACACUCCAAAAUUAACACGGUAUCAGCUCUAAUUCAGUUUGAUGUCCUAGUAUGAAUCAUUCAGACGUUCUUAGACUGCUCACAUAGUAGCACUGAUUACAUCCCUUUCCCUAGAUGUACAUUAGUAAUGAAUGUGUUGAACAAUCAUUGCAUUAUGAUGUGUGGUAUUUGAUUGAAUAAUGUAAUGUGACAGAAAUUAGAUUGAAUGUAACUGUAAUAACUCAUACAUUUUGUUAUACAUUAUCAUUAUUCAUUACUCAUAUCUUGGAUAAUGGAUGAUCAGGAGCAAUACCAUAGCCCUCCAACAAUAUACAGUGGGGAAAAAAA